AUGCGGACACACCGACGGCACCGAUUCCAAACCCAGUGCAGGAUUUACGUGAAUGUUGGAGGAAAUCAAGCCGAAGCCCGGGGCGGAUGGAACGUUCUAGUGAUGGCACCAGCUGGCCCUGCAAAUCGAGGAAGUAUUCAAGCCACUGGCCACGAGGAAGUAACUGGCCCUGCAAAUCGAGGAAGUAUUUCAACUAUUCGGGACAUCGAAGCAAUUUGUACGAACGGUAGUGGCGGUCGGAAAGCGCAGAACAAGAAGGUUAAAGGUGGCGUGGAGAUCAUCAUUGCUACGCCCGGUCAGCUGAACGAUCUAGUGGCUGCCAACGUCAUCGAUAUUUUAUCAUCAUUGCCUAUCUGGUGUACGUCGGAACGCUGUAUCUGGCCGCAAUGCACACCGUCACCGAAUAAGUAUAUACGGGUGACGAACUUCGUGAUCAACAUAGAGCCCAAAGACAAGAUCAUCAUCUUUUGCGGCCGGAAGAAGAGGGCCGAUGAACUAUCGAGCGAACUUGUUCUGUCCGGCAUAACUUGUACCAGCUUACACGGCGAUCGGGAACAGGCUGACCGUGAGCAGACCCUGGAGGACAUCAAAUCUGACAAUGUUUGGGUCCUUUGCGCAACGGAUGUGGCCUCACGAGGAGGAGUAUGUGCACCGAUUGGACUGGACAAGUCGCGAAGUGUAGUUUUCCUGAGCUUCACGCGAAACGACUGGGCGGUGGCUUCGGACCUGAUAAAAAUUUUGAAGAAAGCCGAGCAGGAAGUACCGACGAGAUUCGCCAGAUGGCUGACCGGUUCGCUGCCAAUGAGCGAGAAGGCCAAGAAAAAAUUGGUCGACGGGAUGGCGGCGGUGGUGGUCAAUGGUAAAUAUAGUGCUGCUUUAGAACCUUACUGUCGGGAUUCGUGA